AUGGCAGACCCCGACGAUUACUUUGUGAACGCGUUCUACGACACUACAACUUUCAACAUGGACGCCGACAUACUCGGCUACGACCACAACGUACCGAUGCUACUCGACUAUAUGCCCUUGCCCACGCUCGAGCCCCAAGCCCCGAUGGCGUCUCUACCCGAUACCCCGAACAUCCGGCCAAUCGAACUCAAUGAUACGCCCCCGCCUCUACAACUUGACGUUACAGCAGCAGCACCCAUGGGAGUCGACCUCGUCGAACUUGGCAGCACGCUCCCGCCCUCACAAAUGAACGUCGAACCGGUAGCACCCGCAACAAUGAACCCGGCACCGACAGCAGGCGCCUUGUUCAGCGUCAUACUGGACUCGGAAGUCCUCAAUAUCAUCGACAUAAACCAGGACAUUAUGGUCAAGCUCGCGCUCGCUGUCCCUCACGCUGAAGAGUUGAGACGAAUAGCCGCCCAUCAGUCGUCGCCCAACCCGGAGAACCUACAACGCCUCCUAACCAGUUCACUCUUACUGGUCAACGCAUACGCGACUGCGGCUUCGCUCCUAAGCCUACUCGUCAACCGCGCUAAUCGAAUCGCCCAUAUUCUCCGCUUACCAGAAGACGUACUGCUGGAGAUUCUCUACAUAAUGGCCUAUACCGCUCCACCAGCUGUCAUGGGCUGGGACGGCACGAACUUGGGCUGGCUGACACUAUAUUGGACGUGUACGGAUAUCCGCGCGUUCAUGAAGCGCCAAAGCAAGUUCUGGGCGCUGGUCUGUACCCAAUUACCGCGCGCACAUCUAUCUCUACGCGAACUCGCCCAUUUCGCGCCCCUUACCCUUAACUUCUGCACACUCUUCCCGGCGACGCCUCCGGCGUUUGACUUCGCAGUAUCGCACGAUCGAGACCGCGCGCUCUCCAUUCUAUACACCACGCCAGCGUUCAGGUUCCAGUCCAUAUCCUGCCUCGAUCUCCGCGUCUGUCCCAGUCUCAUCUUGCACUGGCUCGCAACUACCGGUUCAACAUUGCGACCCCACGGCCUACCCUACCUUCGCCACCUGGAACUAGAGGCGCCCAGACGCUUCGACUACAGCUUUGCGCCAGAAACCAUCGACAGAUUCAUCAAACGCCCGUUCAGCAACUUCUGGCUCUUCACUCCGGCACUUCGCACAGCCAAGUUCAUCAACCUCGUUUACCCCUUCUAUACCGCCAUGCUAGACGCUCUCCACCUCGAGUUCGACAAAGGUCUCCCCACGCCGGAGUGUCCCCGACCUACUCUCUCAAACAUCGCAGAUCUGGUCAGACUCUCGCAAGGUGUCAUCCGAGAGCUCGUCCUCUUCAACGCUAUCAGUGAAGAAGACGACGGCCGCGUGGUCAACGUACUCGCCUUUUCCCAACUGUCCCAUCUCUUGCUCGUCCAGGACAACAGCGCACUCAUACACCUCGCACUAUCCCGAUUCAUGAUCCCAGCGUCCUGCAACAUCCGUAUCGAAACCAAAUACGAGCUAUCUUGGAGCGCCAUGCCCCAGAUGCGUGACUUGUUCUACACGCUGCUCUCAAGGUUGCCACAUUCUGGAGAGAGAUUGCUACGUGUCCGCUUUUUAGGUGUGCAAGGGACAAGCGCCCGGACGGAAAUAUCCUGGCUCUUGGAUAAGGACGGAGAACCUAUCCGGUAUGGCCCGCACAGCGUGACAGUGGUCAUAGAGACACCCACUCACGUCUCCUGGAUCACCUGCCUGCGCAUUUUUGCCGAGACGCUCGUCAACCUCCAUCACCCGCUCCUCAAAUCCCUGGUUUUACCCGUCUCCUACAGGGCUUGGGAACUACACGCGUUCCAUGCAGUCGACGCGGAGAUUGUACGGACGCUGUUCAGUAUCGGCACUGUGCAGUACAUAUGGCCGCCAACAAGGGUUACCUGGGCCUUGGGAUCAGAUGCGGAAUGGGACAUACCGGAAACCCACCCUUCACUCUCGGACGGGUCGUUUAACCAAUACUCACAGAACAUGCGAUUCGUUCAACCCUUUGACAUGCAACGCUUCCAUUAG